AUGAUACUUGUCAAUUUAUUUACCACUCGUUUACAUGUAAAUGUGUAUUGCUUUCUUAUAUCCGUUGUUGUGGGCGUUGCUUGUUUAUUUCAAAGUCCACUUUGUGAUUCAUUUGAGUUGGCUAAUAGUUGCACUUUUAAUGGAAACCUUUCAAUUACAAAUUGUUCAACCGAAGAAUCACUAUUGUCCACAACAGGGAAUGCACAAUUGAGUAUCAAACAAUUUUUAAAUGUUGAUGGAUUUGGAGUGAUAGAAAUGAAUUCAUCAAGUAGUAUAUCAGUUUCGAAGAAAACAUAUUUCAAUUCCAAUUCUCAAAUACAUCUUCAUGAUCGUUCAAUUAUGAAAUUAAAUAAUCAAGCCACUUUUUCAGGAGAUUCUCAAAUUCGUCUUGAAGAUAAUGCAACACUGACAAUAUAUUUAUCUAGUUGUUUUAAUAACAACUCUAUUCUCUUUUUGAAAAACAACUCAACUGUUAACUUUAAUGAAACGUAUUUUUAUAACAACACUUUUUGUUCAAUUGAAGGUACUUCUACUAUUCACACAAAAACAAUGCAAUUCAAAAAAGGGAAUUCUACUUUGAUGAUAAAAGACAAUGGCUGUCUUAACUCUACACAAACUUUAUAUCUUUGUUCCAAUUCUUCUGUAUUUCUUGAAGGAAAUGGAAUAUUGUAUUUUUGGAGUCAAAUUGUUGUUACUGAUAAUACAUAUGUAGAAAUGAAAAAUAAAUCUUUUAUGAAUUCAGUAAACAUUUUUAUGUAUAGUGACUCGUUUUUAAUAAUGAGGGGAGACUCUACAAUACAAACCAUAACCGAUUUAUAUUUAAAAGAUAAUGCAUUUUUAGUUAUGAAUGACCACACACAAAUGAUAAUAACCAAAAGCUUAAGAACCGAUGAUAAUAUUACAAUCCAAAUGAAAGACAGUAGUGACGUUACAACCAACAGCACUAUUGUUGGUGGUACUUUAUCGUUAUUUGAUAAUGCAUUUUUUCAUACAAACUAUUUGAAAACUAGUACAAAAGGAAAAAUAGUUAUGAAUGGACUUCAGACGCUUUCAAAUUUCCCAGUGAUCAACAGCUUUACAAUGAUAUGGGAAGUGGGGGAGUGUUCGGUAUCAGGAAAUUCGUUAAUUAUUGUGAAAAACAACACCCAAAUGGGUAUGUUCACUAUACAUUCUUAUGAACGAACAAUAAGAGAUUUUCCUUUAAUAAUUACACACAGUUUUCUAUUUUCCCAGUGGAUCAAUUUAAAUUCAACUAAUUUCGAUUUUAUAUACUCCGAAACUGGUUUUAAUGGAACAUUCAAAACCGAUAAAACUUACUCAAUGUUAUUAAACGGAAAAUUAUUGAGAAUUGGUUCUUUUAAAAAGAUAUUUUGCCAUGUCAGUGAUAUCAAGUACAAAGAUAACAUAUUUGGAAUAAGUUACGUUGAGCCUUAUUGUCCACUGGAUUUAGAAGAUUGGUAUAUUACUCCUUUGAAAAAUAUUACUCAAUUAAGAAUUGAUACAGAACAGUAUCAAAAUAACAAGAACAUUUCUGGUUUGGUAAAAUUGAAAAACGAGGACCAAUUUGGUGAUGAAAGUGCAACAAUCGAUAAUGCACAAAUUUCAUUUGUUAAAACAGAUUCCAUUGUUGUUGAAAUAGUUACAAACAAAAGUUUAGAAAUUAGUUUAAAUGAACUAACCAAGACAGUUCUUUUUCUAUCAGUAACAGAUUUGUUUAUUGGUAAUGUUAAAUACAAUGCUGCACUGAAUACAAAAGAUGAAUUUAAAAUAGUUUACGGACUUAAUUGUGGGUAUGGAUUAUACAACAAAACAACUCAACAAUGUGAAUAUCAAAAUUACUGUAACAAUUUAAAAUGUGAAUAUUGUCAUUUUAACACAAAACGGUGUAUAUCAUGUAAACUCGGUUUUAUUUUAAUGAAUGGAGAAUGCGUCAAUUCAUCAAAUUGCCUAAUAACGAAUUCUGAUCGUUGUUUAAAAUGUUCAAUCGGAUUCCUUUUGAUAAAUGGAAAAUGUUUCAAUUCAAGUGAUUGUAUUUUAUUCAAUGUUAAUGGGAAGUGUCAAAUAUGUGAUAAUCACAAUGGUUUUGUCAAUAAUAAUGGCAAAUGUCAAUAUAAAAAUAUAUACACUGAAGUUGUUAGCAACUGGAACAUAAUUUCAUGUCAAAAUGGAUAUUAUGUCGAGACUAAUUUAACAACAAGUAUGUGUAUUAAUUGUGCCAUAACAUACUCAAAUACAAUUCAGUGUGAAAAUGGAAAAGAGACUCAAUGUAAUUCAACAAGUUUAAUGAGCGAUGAUAUGAAAUGUGAAACAAAUAAAUGUAAGAACCUAAAAGAUGAAAACGGGAAAUAUUUAUUCGACUCGAACAAUUGUAAAACCAUUUUAAAUUCAAAGUGUGUUGAAUGUGAAAAUGAAUUUUUCGUUUUUAAUUUUUCUUGUAAAACAAAUAAAAUCGAUUAUUGUGAAAUUCAAAACAGUGGUGGAUGUUUAAGAUGUAUAAAUUCUUAUUAUGAUGAUGAUACCUCAAAAACAUGCGAAAAGUGUGAUUCAAGUUGUUUGACAUGUGUUGGUCAUUCAACUCUGUGUUUGAGUUGUCCAAUUGGGACGUUUGUUUCCAAUAAUAAAUGUAUAUCUAAUGUAGAGUUGGCGGGUAAAUGCAUUCAAUUUGCAUCAUUUGGAAGUGGUUGUAUUCAAUGUAAAGAAGGAUAUUUCAGAGUUGGUCUUGAUUGUUUAGAAUGUGACAAAAAGUGUUUAACAUGUAACAACAAAGAAAAUUGUCUAGUUUGUAAUUCAACAAAUUAUAAAACCAGUUUUGGAGAUUGUCUUCCAAGAUAUACAAUAGAAGGUUGCGAUGUCGAAGUGACACAAAACGGCUGUUCCAAGUGUAAGAAGAAUUAUUAUAUGUUUAAUUCGAAUGAGUGUUCUUUGUGUGGGCAAAAAUGUCAAACAUGUGUUAAUAAAAAUAGUUGUACAUCUUGUGAUGAAACCCUGAUAUUAACAACAAAUGGAAGUUGUGUUGGUCUUUCUUUAAUUGCAAAUUGUAUGAAAAUUACUCAUUCCAAAUGUUCCAAAUGUACAUUUUGGAAUAUACCAAACGAUGAUGGAAAGUUGUGUAUUAAACAUGUAGUUUGGUGGGUUAUACUACUUUGUCUUUUGUUUGUAAUACUGUUAUUAAUGACAUUUAUCUUAAUAAUAACUUUGGUAAUAAAGAAAAUAUUGUUAAACAUUCAAAAGAAAAGAGACAAUAUAACGACUGUUUUUGAAAUGAAAAGAUCAAACGUACAUUUUAUAACUUUAUUGGGUGGAGUUUGUGUUUCUUCAAAAGAAAUUAAUUUUAAUUUGGAUGUUGAUGAAAUCCCAGUUAACAAAGAAACUUCUCAACUUUUUUGUGUUGGUAAUGAAAACAGAAGUAUUGUUAAACUACAAAUAACUUCAAUUUCGAAAAACGACAAAUACUCAAUUAAAGUCGUUCCUAAAAUUGUAACUUUAAAGAGAGGUUAUGCUUGUGAAUUUUCUAUAUACAUUAAACCAGUUUGCACUUGUAAUAUAUCCGAAUCAAUUCAAAUAGUUUCACAAUUGCUUAAAAACGAAGAAGUUAAAUACAAUACAAUUAGUAUAUAUGGGUCUACACAACAAUCAACAAGAAUAGAUUAUAAUGAACUAAUAGAAGAAAAGAAACUCGGCGAAGGGUCUUUUGGUGUUGUAUAUAAAGGCACAUUCAGAGGGAAUACGGUGGCUAUCAAGAAGAUGAAAGAAUUCAAAAAUGAAGAAAGUAGCAUUGUUGAGUUUGAGAAAGAAGUGAAUAUGUUAGACAAGUUUAGAAGUGAGAAUAUAGUACAUUUCUAUGGUGCUGUUUUUAUACCAAAUCACAUUUGUAUGGUCACCGAAUUUGCAGAAUAUGGAUCUUUACAGGACUUGAUCAAACACAAGAAGAGUGAUGAAAUAUCAAACAAAAUACGUGUCAAAAUGCUGUUGGAUGCAGGAAAAGGAAUAUUGUAUUUGCAUGAGAACGGGAUAUUACACAGAGAUAUCAAACCAGACAACAUACUCGUCUUUUCAUUGGAAUUGAAUCAACAAGUUAAUGCUAAGUUGACCGACUUUGGAUCAAGUAGAAAUAUCAACAUGAUGAUGACAAACAUGACUUUCACAAAAGGUAUCGGCACUCCAGUGUACAUGGCUCCUGAGGUUUUAAGACAAGACAAAUACACUAAAAGUGCAGAUAUUUACUCCUUUGCUAUUACUAUGUAUGAAUGCUUGAGAUGGAAAGAAGCUUAUGAUAAACAGACUUUUAAGUUUCCGUGGAAAAUUGCUGAAUUUGUCAUUUCAGGAAAAAGACUUGACAAACUUGAGUGUAUAACCAAACAACAAUUUGAAAUAAUAGAAAAGUGUUGGGAAGAAAAUAUUUUAAAAAGAAUAACAAUACAAGACGUUGUUAUUCUAGUUGAAAGCGUGUUUAUUCAAAAAUAA